AUGGACGUAAUUUCUUUGCGACUAGGUCGCUUGCCCGUUUCUAUGGCCGAAAUUAUGUGUGACUAUUUGGAAUAUAUAAAAUGUGGAGAAAUACUAUUGUCCCCGUCAUUGGACUACAAAGACCAGUACAUAUUGAAAUGUAUAGAAUGUGAGGAUUGUUAUACAGAAAUGGACAUGUUGAUAGAGCAUUGUUUGGGUCACUAUCAACAAAACAUUGCAGAGCUCGAUGAGAAGUCCUCGGUCUCGGCACUAAUAGAUGACAUGUUUGUAGGCGAGGAGAACAAUGGUGAGGAGGUGGAGGAAAAAGUGACUGUAAAAUAUGAAAUUUUAUCCGAAAUGGAACUAGAUGAAAUGGAUACCAUAUCAGUAAUUGAUACUGCAGAGGAAUAUCUCGAUGAGAAAAUCGAAGCUCUUAAUAGUUCCAAAGAAGAACCAGAUGAUGAGGAAGGAACGGAAAAGGAAAUUGAUGAAAAUCAAGCCGACGAAGAAGAAUGUAUGCUCGAAUUGGACCAGUCUGAAGAUGAAGAUAACGACGGUGAAGAUAGCAAAACAUCAAUGUUUGUUCGUAAUUUCAUGAGUAUUAAAUUGAAUGUAACCACAAUAAUAGCUGCCUAUAAGAAACAACCAUAUUUGUGGAACAGUAACAAUCCACCCGAAGUACGGGCCAAAGAACGUCCGAAAUGUUUACAGAAAAUUGCCGAUGAAAUUAAGGAUAGAAUUAAUGUACAGGUAACAAGUAAGGAAGUUGCCGCUAUAAUAGCUCGUCUAAGACACGAUUACAGAGAACGUUUAAAACGGGCAAAUGAAUUUGGCGCCGAAAAUAACAAAAUCAAAAAUACACGUUCCUGGUUCUACGAACAAAUGGACUUUUUACAACCUUACAUAGAAAAUUGUUCUAUUUUUAAUUUGGAUUCGAGUCAACCGCCAUUGGAAAUUGAACAAAUUAUACACAUUUUUGGAAUAUACAAACGUCUGCCGGUUCUUUGGAAUAGCGAAUUAAUUGAAAACGUUUGUACCAACAAGCGUUCAGAAGCCUUGUCACAAAUGCAGAAAUUGAUCGACAACGAAAUGGGCAUUAAAGUGAAUAUCAAUAACAUUCGAAGAUAUUUACACACCAUUCAUGCGUUCUUCACCAAAGAGAAACGUAACAGUACAAACAGUUUCCGCACCACAAAAGAAAGAUUCGAUUUGUACAAGCAUCUGGUAUUUCUCACAGAUCAUGUGGGCCCAUUUAAAUGCACAGAUUGUAAUCGUUCAUUUCUGAGUCCACUCAAUUGGAAGGUGCAUGUGGCGGAACAUGAUGGCACAAUACCUUUAACAUGUUCGUUGUGUAAAAAAGAAUACAAAACAACGGAUGCCUAUAUGGCGCAUGCCAGAAGACAUAUGAACGAUCUGCGCUAUGAAUGCAAAGAAUGUGGCAAGAAAUUCUCCCGGCCAGCCGACCUGGAAAUUCACUCACGUUGUCACACGGGAUCCAAACCAUAUUGUUGUGAAAUUUGUGGAGCCUCAUAUCGACACAGCCAAGCGUUUAAAACACACAAAAGACGACAUCAGAAACAAUAUUUGCAUCAUUGUCCAGUGUGUUCGAAGGGGUUCUACAAGAAGGAUCAGCUGAAUAAUCAUCUACGAACACAUACCGACAUACGAGACAUCAAAUGUGAUGUAUGUGGUAAAGGUUUCAAAACAAAGAAAACAAUGUUGCAGCACAAAUUAACACACGAAGAAGGACGUAAUCAUAUGUGCCCAUUUUGUGACAAGACUUUUAAGAAUAAACUCGGUUUGGCUCAACACAUUAAAAUUCAUCGCAAAAAUGAAAUGAUUGAAUUGGAAAUUAAUUCAUCAUAA